CGCAAUCACAUUUUUGUUCUUGCUUUCCACCUUUUUUUGUUAAGAAGGAUGGUUCUCACUUCUUCACAGCAAGUAGUGGUCGCAUUCACUGCUGUUUUGUUUGUGUUCGUAGUGUUUCCUCGAAUGUUCGGAGGAGGCACUGGGUUGAGGGAUACCAGAGCAUUUGACGCAAGAUACAACAGGAAAGCUGGUCCAGCAGCUUCAGGACUUCCCCCAGGUGCGAUUAACCCCCAGAAGUUCAGUAUGAAUGCUGCUGGCCCUCAAGGCCAUAGCGCGGAAAACAUUCAUCAGAUGAAGAAACUCAUGGAACAUGAGCUGAAGAGUGACAAAUACAAGUCUAGCAACAAAGGCUAUGUCUUCACCCUAAUGCCUCUCUAUGCCAUUGGCGUGGGAGUGUUUGCUGCAUACAAGUUUCUCAAGAUUAAAUCUGGUGAUGACUCAAAUGCCCAAAGAGUCAAAGCAACUCUAGGAGCAAAGAAAUCUGAAGAAACAGAGAACCAGCUGAAUGAACUUGAGCAGAGACUAGCUCAAACAGAGAAAAUGCUCAACUCCAUCCUCACCCAGCUAGACCCGUUAACCAACUGUGUGAAGUCCGUGGCCACUGAGCAGAAAAAUGAACUCAUGUCUCAGUUACAGUGUAUCCGCCACCUGAUGAAGAAAAGAGGAAUGGAAUGUCCACCAAUGACAAGAGAAGACCUGUCCUGUGAACACAACCUGGAGGACCUCAUUGAAUCCUUGGCUGCCCAGGAUGUUAUUCAAGAACCAUCCAUAGAGCACCGGCUGGAAAUGGAGGCUGCCACACAAACAGUCCCUUCUCAGCCUCUCAGGUUUGAACCCGAAGAUUAUAGCAAUAGGGUAGUGCGAGAUGAACCUAUGGAGGAUGAGAACAAGAUUGAAGAAGAGCGGGAAGACCAGGGAAGUGAGAGCGACAAUAGCAUGCCUUCCCUGGAAGACUCUGGUGAAACAAACAUUGAUAACAUUGAGAUAAUUCCGAAUAUUCAGAAAGACAUCCAACCUGGGCUUAGGAGACGCAACAGGCUUGAGUGAAGAGCAGACUAGUUUCCAAAAGUACACAAACAAUAUAUGAAUGAAUUAUAAUUAUCUUUUUGCCCACUUCCCAGCAACACUACAGCCUUUUGCUCAACAUGACUGGUACCUUGUUUCUCUCUGAACUGAAUGAAACUUGA